GAGUUCCUUCGGUUGUAGUACUCCGUUUAUGUGUACCUGAUUUAUGUUAUCUUUUAAGUAACAGCAGUGGUUCGCCUGGCUCACGUCAACCUUCGAAAAUAUCCACUGCAGGAGAAAAAUUAGACCCGGUUAUUGAAUGGAAUAUUUUUGAAUGUCAAUCAGCAACAAGGACGUGAUUGCAUUAUCAAACUUUCUUCAUCCCGAUCGGAUUUCUCGUCAAACACUACAAGGUAUUAGUAGUGCAGCGCAACAGCAAUUCGCUAAAUCAGACCGAUAUAAACUAUGCCGUGUUUUAAUGUUUCUCCUUCAAAAUGACUUCCUUCAUGAUGCAAUAAUUCACUUUGCAGCUGUUUAUUUAUUGUGGGACUUGUGGAAAUCAGAUAACUCUUCCAUCAAUAACAAUCCAUUCACAGAGUUUUUAAUUUCAUUUAUGCAGGAUGAAGUGCAUUGCAAGUUGCCGCGAUCUGCAAUUUCAAUGUUUCAUACAAUUCUUCGUCAACCCGAUCAAAUCCAUGAUUUUCUAAAGUAUACUCCAGCACAGAUAUUUGAUUUACCGUAUCCUUCGACUGACAUUAGACUUGAUUGGGAUCUGGUCCCAGUAGCCAAUUCACUGAAAUCAUCUGGCCGUGUUUCGAAGUUCGCUGACUCUGGAAUGGUUUGUAUUGUUCCUGAUGAAGAUAUUCCACGUUCUUUUGAGCCAUCAUUUCACUUGCAUAACACAGAUGAUUCAUGUGGUACAUCUGAAUUACAACGCCAAUGUUUAGAUUCUCUUUUGUUACGUAGUGAACUGUUAAUAGGUCGCAAUAAUGUCUUCCCAGAGUUUCUUCGUAUUUCCCCACCUUUGUUACCAUGCCCCCAAGGAAUUGAUCAGAUUUUAUACAGUUUAGAUGAAGAAAAUGAAUCCAUCAGUCGUACAGUUUCAAACUUUAGUCCUUCAGAGAAAAGAUCUAUCAAGAAGUCUAAACCCACUUAUGGCUGGUCAGAAGAACUUAUUUGGCUUAAUCCAGACAUUGUUGAGCACGAUUUCCAUUGGAAUAACAGUAUGGAACUUGUUGAUAUAACAGUUGAGCUUCGUCAUUUGGUUUCCGCAGCCAUGACAUCGACUUUAACCCAGUCGCAGCAACAAACUGUUGUUCAAGCAAUUAAGGAUAAUCCAGAUGUUAUCUAUAAUGUUGGUAUCACUCCAGAGAUUGUACCGAAUUUCGUUAACCGUAACCCAGUUAUCGCUAUUGAAGUUUUACAAUUGUUGAUUACAUCACCGAAACGAGAUGAGUACUUAAAUGCUCUGCUAAAAAUGGAAGUUACUGUACAAUCAAUUGAAGUGGUAAAUCGACUAUCUACAAAAAUUGCAUUACCUACAGAGUUUAUACAAGAUUAUAUAUCGAAUUGUUUAGCAUUUUGUUAUUCAGUAAAUGACAAAUUUUAUCAAAUGAGACAUGUUCGUUUAGUAUGUGUACUACUACAAUCACUUAUCAGGAAUAACAUAUUGGAUAUUCAUAAUCAGGUAGAGUUUCUGUUUGUUUUCUAAUUGUUGUUAAUUUAUAAUAAAAUCGAAUUAAAUUCAGUGAUGUCAAAUAUUCAUAUUUAUUUAAUGGAAAGUAAUGAAGGUGAUAUUUCGGUGUUCAUUAAUGACUGAUGUUUUAUGCGAUAAAGGAAUUGGAUUGUAUUUUCAGACAAACGGAUAUUUUGUGCUGAUUCUAAUGUUACAUGAUACUGAGAAGUAAUCGAGUCUUCAUCAAUAUCUACUUAUAUGUAAAUGGCAGCAUGUCUGAGGUUAUGGUACUAGGUGAAUUACGUUAAGAGGUUUGGAUUAUGCAUUUUAUCCGUGAAUGUUCUAAAACUACUGUAUCACUAAACUUGAUUAUCCAGUUUCCUAAAAUUAUUCUUAUCCCAUCGAUUUGUCUUUAUUUUGUACUUACAUGUAUACUUAUGACAAAUACAUUUCACAUUGUGUGAAAUAUUGGUUGUGGGAUUAAAAUUAAAACAUUGGUUGUGAGUAGUUAGUCUACAGCAUUCGGUUUCACGUCAAGAAAUAAAAGGAAAAAGCUAAUUAUCUUAUGUUAACAAAAAUUUUUAUGCCAAGCUGUUGGUUUUGUGUUGUCGACCCUGUGAUACCACACGGUCAAAUACCUCAAAGCAAUCAUAUUUAGUAGCUUAAUUCAAGAUGGAAUAAGAUGAAAGUUCUGAGAUUAGUUAUCGUAUUUGUUGGUGUUUUGGAAAAUCCAGGGGACCUAAUACUGUCACACAAUUCAUACAUCAAAAGGGAAACUGAGCUAAUUACACUAUAUCUGACAAAUUCGAAUCAAACUGUGUUUACAAACUGGGUUUUAGGCGACUAACACAAUUCAUUGAGCGGCUUUUAAUGUAAAAAUGGUCAUAUAUCUGAAUAAAAUUAAACUGUUUAUCGGAAUUUAAAACAAUAUAGGUCUCAAUAUAUCCGUGGAUUGUCAUCGUUGGUUUUGUAGACAUCAAAUUAAGUCAAUCUCUACGUUGAAAAAAGUUUUGUUGACUUUUUAAACCAGUCGCAACAGUGUAACUUGAUUUACAUUUGAUUCACAAAUACUUGGCUUUCGGUAUACUUUGUAUUCUUACUUUUCAGGAUAUCUUAAUCGAAGUGAGAACUUUUUGUUUAGAAUUUACUAAAGCUCGGGAAGCGACCACUCUUCAUAGACUUAUUUUGAAUAUGGAGAACACUAAUACAGCUUCAUCGGCUGCAACGUUCAGCAACAACAUUGGCACUUCCACGACUACGACUAGUCCUACUUGUUCAUCAACUGGUAUACCACAACAAGACAUUUCUAAUGAAAAUAAAGAAACCUCCUAAUAACUGGGUUACUAUUUUACAUUACAGAUGAAUUGUAUAGAUCAUAAAUAAAGACAUAAGGGUCUGAUUUCUAUCCAGUGAUAUACAGUACUGAUAAAGC